AUCGGAAUACAUCACCGCUCUGUCUGCUAAACCAAUUUAUCCAUCACAAUGGCGGACCCAAAAGUGGAAGAUAUUGAACACGUCGAGUCCAGCCCGGCCCCUGGCAAGCUCGGCACGGAAGCCAUGGAGGACUUUCACCGCGCCGAAAAGGAGAUCACCACCUGGCAGGCUAUCAAGACACAUAGGCGUGUCUUAUUCUUUGCCAUCCUCCCUUUCGUGUGUGCUGCAAACUACGGCUACGACACCAUCUCCAACAACUCCAGCAUCGCAAUGCCCGCAUUUAUCGCUUCCUUUGGCGACAUGGAUCCAACUACCGGUUCAGCCUAUCUACCAUCUCUCUGGACUUCGCUGUGGACCUCCAUGUCAAAUCUAGGCCAGGCGUUCGGCGCCAUGGCUGCCGGUGCCCUGGCGCAACAGGUUGGGCGGCGCUGGACUGCGUUUGCUUUCUCGAUUCUCUCCAUCGCGGGCACGUUUAUUCUCUUCUUCGCGACCUCGCGUGGUAUGCUUCUCGCUGGAAAGACGAUCAACGGCGCUGUGGUUGGAGGGUUGAUGACGAUUGGAACGACGUAUGCUGCUGAUAUCGCCCCAGUCCGACUGCGUGGAGCAAUCCUACAGGCCCUCGUCUUCUUCGGGGUCGUCAUGCAGGGCACGAGUUUGGGAAUCGUUCGGGCGUUCGUUCCAAACCCGAACCCGAUUGCGUGGAAAAUUGUCUUUGCUAUCCAGUGGGCCUUUGCUGUCCUUGUGCUAGUCGCUGCCCUAGUCGUCCCCGAAUCCCCCGUGUACCUCCUCUCCAAGGGCAACAAGGAACAAGCCGAGCGCGCCCUUCGCCGUAUACACGGCAACGACCCGACCCUGUCCCUCCGCCUCGCCUCCAUCGCCUACACGCUCGAAGAAGAGCAAGCUUCGCAAGCGGCCUCCGCAUCCCCACUCGAACUCUUCCGCGGCUCGAACCUCAGACGAACGCUUACAAUCGCAUUCAUCAUGUUCUCGACAAGUGCAAUCGGAAUCCCAUUCCUGAGCCAGAAUAUCUACUUCCUCUUUACGGUUGGUCUGCCGGCCGUUCAUGUGUUUGACAUUGGGAUCGGUGGGUUCUUCCUGGGCGGGUUGUUCAUUGUUUUCGGGUGGGUUUACAACGAUAGGAUUGGGCGCCGACGGCUAUGGCUGUGGGGAUUGGGAGGCAACUUGAUUGGAAUGGUUAUCGUUGGGGCUCUGGCGUUCGCCGGGAGUAUGGGUAGUAUCUGGGCCAUUGGUGUCAUCAUGAACAUCCUCAUCUCCUACACAGCCUACGCAAACGUCGGCGUCGCCUGGACAAUCUGCCCCGAAAUCUCGUCCCACAGACUGCGCCACUACUCCCAAUCCGUCGCGUUCAUCACGGGUGCCGUCAGCUCGUGGCUGUUCUCAUUCAUCACGCCAUACAUGUAUAACGUUGAUUCCGGAAACCUCGGCGCAAAGACGGGCUUCGUGUAUGCGGGGCUUACGGUUAUUGUUGGUGCUGUUUCCUGGUUCCUUGUUCCGGAGACUGCUGGGCUUACCGUUGAGGAUAUUGAUUUGGCGUAUGAGACGGGCGUUAAGGCGAGGGGGUUCAAGAAGCUUAGAGCGCAGUAGAUGAGAUUGGCGCUUGGGGGGUUUCCCAGUGGUGCGGGGGUCAAGGACCAUACAUAAUUGUACCAACCCCGAUCAGUAGUCGGGAGACAGCUCUAUGUCCCGUUAUAACCAGUUUUCUGUUCAAAAUGGCAAGCAAACAUAUAAAGCAUACAACAGUAGGGAUUCCCAUGUGGCCACCCACCAUACUACUCACCUGCCGGCCGGCGGGUUGCUUAAACGCGUUCAGAAGUCGGGUAGGCCAGUGUCAAUGAGCUGGGUGCGCGAGAAGCGUGAGCCGCUACUGAAUUAUGGUUUCUUUU